AUGUCUGGCUACGAACAUAUUGUCGCUCUCCCUCACUUCCCAGAACACCAGGACAAGUCUCCAGAGACUGCCCGCCUCAUUAUCACUCAGUGGCUUGGCAGUUUCCAACAAGCCGUAAGAAACGGUAGUGUUGAUGACCUCGCCGAGUUGUUCAACGAAGAUGCUUGGAUUCGAGACUUUUUAACAUUUUCAUGGGAUUUUCGCACGAUUCAAGGGUCCAACAAGGUAUCCGAAUAUAUCAAGCAGAGCCAAGAUGCAGCAAAUCUCGUCGCAAUCAGCGCCCGUGACCAUGGGAAAUUCCAGCCCAAUUUCAAGACGCCCGCUCCAGGAACGAAUUGGGUUGAGUCAAUGUUUGAGUUCGAGACUUCAAUUGGCCAGGGUAAGGGUAUGGUGCGUCUCGUCUCUGGUGACCAGCCAGGUUGGAAAGCCUACCUCAUCAACUUUACUCUUCAAGAGCUUAAAGGUUCCGAGGAGCAAUCGGGACUACGUCGUCCUCACGGGUAUGUUGACCCACGAGGGGGGACUUGGGGAGAGAGACGAGAGAGGCAGAAAGAGUUCCUGGACGAAGACCCGGCCGUCUUUGUGAUUGGAGCUGGGCAAGCUGGCCUCGAAAUUGCAGUCCGCUUGCGACACGUUGGAUUGCCGACUUUGAUCAUUGACAAGAAUGAGCGGGUUGGCGAUAACUGGCGGCAGCGAUAUCGGACUCUCAUGACACACGAUCCCAUUCACUACUGCCACCUACCAUUUAUCCCCUUCCCCUCCGACUGGCCCAUGUUUGUCCCCAAAGACAAACUGGCCGACUGGCUCGAGUCAUACGCAAACAUCAUGGAGUUGAACGUCUGGAAUAGGACAUUCGUCAAGACAGCCGAGUACGAUGAACAGAACAAGAUCUGGACCGUUGUUGUCAGUCGUCAAGGCAAGGACAGAACUCUCAAGCCCCGGCACAUCGUCCUUGCAACGGGACAAUCCGGUGAUCCCAUCACUCCGAUGUUCCCUGGCACGGAAUAUUACAAAGGGAUGUUGUAUCAUGGCAUCAGCCACAAGGAUGCCACAGCUUUUGGUGACUUGAGUCAGAAGAAGGUCGUCGUUGUUGGUUCUGGCAACAGCAGUCAUGAUAUCUGCCAGAACUUUUACGAGAAUGGAGCUGCUCAAGUUACCAUGCUCCAGCGAGGAGGCACAUACGUCAUCUCGGUUGACAAAGGAGUAGCACUCCAGCAUGCAGGCAUCUAUGAUGAGGGUGGGCCGCCGACCGAGGACGCAGACAUUUACGCCCAGAGUCUCCCCAUCCCUAUCCAAUUUGCGCUCAAAGUCUUUGAAGCACAAAAGAUUAGUGAAGUGGACAAGGAGUCCUUGGAAGGGCUGGCCAAGGCGGGCUUCCUGGUAGACUCAGGACCAGACAAAAGUGGCAUCUUUCGCAAGUACAUCACUAAGGGCGGAGGCUACUACAUCGACGUCGGCUGCAGCAAGUUGAUCAUCGAUGGGAAGAUCAAAGUCCGCCAGUGUUCAGACGGCAUCAAGAACUUUGACGCCGACGGUAUAGUUCUGGCCGAUGGAUCACGGUUGGAUGCUGACAUUGUUGUGCUCGCAACCGGCUACGAUGGUAUGCGAUCUACAGCGCUGAGGGCACUGGGGAAGAAGGUUGCCAAUAGGCUUGAUAAUAUCUGGGACUUGGACGAGCAAGGUGAAAUCAGAUCGAUGUGGCGAUCCAGUGGUCACCCUCGUUUUUGGUGCAUGGGAGGUAACCUGGCCUUGUGCCGUAGUUACUCGCGCCUCCUUGCUCUUCAGAUCAAGGCGGUGGAGGAGGGGUUGUUCAAGCAGUGA